AAACAAAUUUGCACAUAAAAAAAAAAAACAAUAAUCAGAGAACUUGACUAUCACUACACAAAGUACGAACCUGUUGAAUCGAAACUGAAAACAGUAAUCAGAGAGAGAGAGAUGGGAAAUCAAAAGCAAAAGUGGACGGCGGAAGAAGAAGAAGCGUUACAAGUCGGCGUUCAAAGAUACGGUGCCGGAAAAUGGAAAAACAUUCUCCGUGACCCUGAACUUCAACCUAAACUCAUUAGUCGUUCCAACAUUGAUCUCAAGGAUAAAUGGCGGAAUUUGAAUGUUUUCCCUGGUCAAACUGCUAAUGCUAAAGCUAGGGCAACUCCUAAGGCUAAACCAUCACCAUCAGUUGUUCCUGUUAAUGCUACUCUUUCUCCUUCUCCGGUUACUGUUAUUACUGCUGCUGCUACUCCUUCUCCGGCUACUACUCCUGCUCCUGUUAAUGCUACUACUGUGCAUAAUGUUUCUCCUGUACCUCAAACUACUCAAUUUCAGACUCAGACUCCAACUCGCCGCCCUCCGCAAAAUGAUGAUGAUGCUAAAAUUCCUCCAAAGUACAAUUCAAUGAUAUUUGAAGCUUUAUCAACACUCAAAGAUACCAAUGGUUCUGACUUAAGUGCUAUUGUUAGCUUUAUUGAGCAAAAGCACAACCUUCCUCAAAAUCCAAAUUUCAGAAAGACAUUAGGUUCAAAGUUAAGAAGGCUUGUCAGUCAAGGGAAACUCGAUAAGGUACAAAAUGGUUACAAGUUAAAGGAUACCGCAAUAGAGACAAAGCCAGCUGAUGACACAAAACCACCUGCACCAAAAGAAGAAAUGGAUCCACCAGUGUCAAUUAAUACUUCGGCAUAUGAUGAUGCAAUGAGAGAAGCUGCCGAAACUGUAGCCAUCAGAAUUGCUGAAGCAGAGCAUAGGUCAUUUUUGGCUGCUGCUGCAGUCAAGGAGGCAGAAAGAUAUGCAAAGUUUGAUGAGGAAAAUGAUGCAAUGUUAAAGUUUGCAGAAGAGCUUUUAGAAAAAUGCAAGCUCGGUGGAAAUGUUCGCUUUGCUUAAAUUGGUAAAUGUUAGGGUUACAAUGUUUUUGUUUCUACUUGUAAAUUGGUCCAUCUAGUGAAAAAUGUUUUUAGACGCCUCCCCUCACCCCUGAUAGAAAAUUUAAACCACUGUUAGCUUAAUUUUUUGUAUGUGAAGUUCCUUUGAGACCAAUAUUGUGUUACUUUUUUUGGAAUGAAAUCAGUCUAUGUGAAAAUGAUUUAA